CUUUUCCUCCUCAAUCCCCUCAAAAAAUUUUCCCCACCUCAUGUUCUUUUUCAUGAUCGAAUUCAGGUCCCCAACCUCACCAUCUUAAUGCUUGCUACCUAACUCAGUCCCUUUUGAUCCAUAAGUAUUCCUUUUCAUGUUCACAAGCUUGGACAACAAAAAGCCUAUACAUUUUGCAGAUUAAAGGAAAAAGAAAACAAUGGAAAACUACAAGAAUGCUUCCAAACACAUAGCGGUACUGGCUUUCCCCUUCGGCACCCAUGCAGCCCCUCUUCUCAGCAUUAUCCGUCAGCUAUCGGCAGCUGUCCCGGGGACCAUGUUUUCCUUCCUUAGCACGGAACAAGCGAACAGCUCAACGUUUCCGAAAGAUGGGAAACUUGACAAUGUUAGGCCCUUUAACGUCUGGGAUGGAUUGCCGGAGGGCUAUAGCUUUAAGGGCAAUCCUCAUGAGCCCGUGGAAUAUUUCAUAAAGGCGUUACCGGGGAACUUUAGGAGGGCGAUAGAUGCACUUGUGGCUGAAACAGGGAAGCGUAUUGAUUGUCUGAUAACAGAUGCAUUUUAUUGGUUUGGGGGUGAUAUUGCAGAUGAAUUGAAUGUCCCUUGGGUGGCGCUUUGGACGGCUGGCCCUCGGGCACUCUUGGUUCACGUCCAGACCGAUGUUAUUCGCCAGCAUGUAGGGAUCAACGCUCCUGAAGACAAAGCACUUGAUUUUCUUCAAGAUUUUUCUGCUUUACGUGCUGCUGACUUACCCGAUGGAAUAAUCUCCGGAAGCUUCGAUGCUCCAAUUCCAGCAUUGUUGCACAAAAUGGGACUGGCGCUGUCACGCGCUACUGCAAUUACCGCAAAUUCAUACGAAGACUUGGACAAUACAGUCGUGAACAUGCUCAAAUCAAGUUUCAAAAAGUUUCUCAACGUUGGUCCCUUCAAUCUGGUAUCAGUUCCCCCGAUGGAUGACACACAUGGCUGCUUGGAUUGGUUGAACAAGCAUGAGCCAGCAUCAGUUGUAUACAUCAGCUUUGGAAGCGUCAUAAGCCCACCACCCCACGAGCUAGCAGUGUUAUCUGAAGCCUUGGAGGAAAGUGAUUUGCCAUACCUUUGGUCUUUCAGGGGAAAUCCUGAGCAGCAAUUGCCACGAGGAUUCCUGGAAAGAACGAGCUCGAAAGGGAAGAUAGUUCCAUGGGCUCCCCAGCUGAAACUUCUACAACAUCCGUCAGUUGGGGUUUUUGUAACUCACGGAGGAUGGAAUUCAGUAUUGGAAAGUAUCAUUGGAGGUGUGCCUAUGAUUUUCAGACCAUUUUUUGGAGAUCAAAGACUGAAUACUCGGACUGUUGAAGCUGUAUGGGGAUUUGGUUUGGGGUUAGAGGGUGGAACUUUCACAAAAGACGGAACUAUUAAAGCACUCAAGUUCAUAUUGUCGACAGAAGAAGGGAAGAGAAUGAGAGAGAAAAUUGGAGUCCAGAAAGAGCUUGCUUUCAAGGCAGUUCAGCCGAAUGGUAGCUCUAUUGAAAAUUUCAAAACACUGGUAAAAAUUGUCACUACGACUUCUCGCGCCGAAUGGCAGCACUCAAUUAAUUAAGUGCUAGAAUAAGAAUAAUCUCUAGAGUCUGUCACUCGUCAAACAUGAACAUGAUGCUGUUGGGUUCUAUUUGUGAUUAUUUAUUUCUUUGAGGUGGAGUUUGAUAUAUAUCUUAUCAAUUUUA